AACCUCAACUUGGUAGCGGGAACAACAACUUGAAGAGAGAAAAAAUGAUGAGAAGAGUUUGAUUGAGCUGGCUGAGAUUUGGAACAAGAUGGAAGGUUUAGCAACUGGGUCGAAUGAAAGGAGUGAACUUGUUCGAGUUAGACAUGGUUCUGAUUCUGGGUCUAAACCUGUAACGAAUUUGAAUGGUCAGUUUUGUCAAAUAUGUGGCGAUACUGUUGGAUUAGCAGCCACGGGCGGUGUUUUCGUUGCUUGCCAUGAAUGUGCCUUCCCACUUUGUCAUCCUUGUUAUGAAUACGAAAUUAAAAAUGUGAGCCAAUUAUGUCCACAUUGCAAGACUAGAUACAAAACUCACAAAGACGGUCCUAGAUUGAAAGGAGAUGACGAUGAAGAGGAUGUCGAUGGUCUACGGAAUGAGGUCAAGUAUGGUCCAGGAAAUAAUUCUAAGACGGGAUGGCAAUGGGAUGAAGAUGCUGACCUCUCUUCGUCUUCUGGACAUGAUUCUCAAUUACAAAAUCCCCAUCUCACUAAUGGACAACUGAUGUCUGGUGAGAUUGCAUGUGCCACAUCUGAUACUCAAUCUGCUCAAACUACAUCAGGUCCUUUAGGUCAAUCCGGAAACGUUCAUUCACGUCCCUAUGCUGAUCCAAAGCAGCCAGGUCUCGAGAGUGACGAGGAGAUCAGACGAGUGCCAGAUAUGGGAGGUGAAUCUGCCGGAACUUCAGCCCCUCGUAAAGGCACUGGUUCAACUGCUGGUCCUGAACGCGCUCAAGGGACUGGAGAGGGUCAGAAGAAGAGAGGGAGAAGCCCAGCUGACAAAGAAAGCAAACGGCUGAAGAGGCUGCUGAGGAACAGAGUUUCAGCUCAGCAAGCAAGGGAGAGGAAAAAGGCGUACUUGAGUGACUUGGAAACAAGAGUCAAUGACUUGGAGAAGAAGAAUUCAGAGCUUAAAGAAAAACUUUCAACUUUGCAGAAUGAGAAUCAAAUGCUGAGACAAAUAUUGAAGAACACCACAGCAAGCAGGAGAGGAGGCAAUAGUGGUACCAACAAUGCUGAAUGAAAUCAAUGACAGCCAAAUUUUAGAGAGUAGAUUAAAAAAAAAGAAAGUGAAUAAAAGAAAAUGAUAUGUUAAACAUUAGUUUUGAUGAUUCUUUCUAGGUGUGCAUUUGGAAUAUCAUGAAGGAUGAAGGCAAGACAUGCUUUAUCCGAAAAUAGUGUGUUUUGAUAUGUGAGGCACUGGGCGGGCGCCAACAAAAGAUAUGAUAUUGACUAUGGCACGUAGACACUGGUAAUAAUAAUGUUAGAAAAGAUGUUAUUUGAAUAUGAUGAGGCCGUGCUACAUAGCUUUUGAUGUACACUUUCUCCAUUAAAAUUUAGGAAUUGGUUUUUGGAAUAAUUUCAUUAUGAAAGUAAAGCAUUUGGUGAGAA